CUGUGUGCCGUAAAAAACUCAUGUUCAUCGUUGUGAAAAGGAGCGUAUCUUGCUCACCAUUUUUCCUCAUUUGAAAUUUGCCAAAAACAACCCCUCUGCAACGACAAGUACGAAGUUCCCUCUUUAAUGGCCGUUAAUCGUUUCACAGGACUUUCUUAGGGUUUCUGAUUUUCGUUGUUUAGGGAGUGGAGAGAGAGAGUCUCUGAUGUUAGAGAGAGAGAAUGGACGAGGGGAUGAGCAGCGUUAGAGACAGAAUGGACGAGGCCAUGACUGAUGUUGAUGAAGGUGGAGGAGGAGAGUUUCUCUCUCUCGAAAUAGACCUCGACUAUGAGUACUCUGCACCCCAUUAUUUUGAUUUUGUUGGGAGAGAGACACCCUCUGAAGCUGAGGAGGCGGAGCUCUGGUUCGAAACUGUAGGCAGCUGUCCUCCUGCUCCGUACAUAGCGAGGUUGCCGAGACUAGAUGAGUUUCUCGCGGACAACAUGAACUUAAAUCCCCAAGCAAACUGUGUGGAGAAUGACAAUCACAAUGUCCCUAAUAGCAUCUGUGAAGCUGUGGACGACGCAGAACUUACUUUGCUAGAAGAGAAGAAUGAAGAUCUUAUAAUUGAUGCAGAGGAGAGAGAAUCCCCUCCCCAUCAUACUACAUAUGGCACUCAAACAAACGUUCAUUUCGUACAAGCUUGGACAUCGUCAAGUUUGGAUCUUGACUGUAACAGUUGUACCAUUGCUGGCACUUUCAUGGGUGACAGUUUCUGUAAAGGACUUGUCUCUCAUAAUCCUACAUCGCAAGAUAUUCCCAAGAUUUCUGCAAAGUUUCUCACUCAAGCAACCCGGCCUAAGAGCUCAACGUUGAUGAGACCUACAGCAAGUCAGCUGGCCAAGCAAAACCGAUUAGUUUCAAAAAUGUCGGGAGAAGUAAAAAAUUCCAGCAGGGUCAUGCAAAGGGUUCAAAAGCCUUUGUUAUCAAAGAAUGAAAAAGUUGUUGAGAAAAUUACGGGAAAUGAAAGUCAAGCUCCCAAGAGACAAAAGCUGGAUGUUGGUCACUUGCCUAAGGCACAUACACUUAAAGAGCAAACUGUUCUGCUUCACAAGGCCCCCACAAUGGGUAAUGAUAAGCAUUGCACUUUGGGUGGUGGUGCUUCCAUCCAGUCUAAGUUAAGACUUACCAUUCCAAGAGAACCAGAAUUGGAAACUGCACAAAGGGCUCGUAGGAUUAUGAUUAAGAAAAAUUCAGAUGCUGGGGAGGGCAUGCUCCUGAUGGCACCCAAGUUCAAAGCCCGCCCUUUGAACCGAAAAAUAUUUGAGGCUCCAUCAGUGCCACUGCCACAGAAAAGCAUACCGCGUGUGCCAGAAUUUCGUGAAUUUCAUUUGAAGACGACUGAGAGAGCUAUUCAACAUGCAGCUGCUGCUCCAUCAUUGCCAAGCCAUGUGGAUUCCAACAAUGUUGCAAAUAAGCAUAAGCACGCAUCUUCCAAUCAAGUUGGCACUAUAGAUCUCAAAAUGUCAUGCCAUCAAGCUCCACAUCUCGAAAAACAUAAAGUUGUAGAUGAGCCUAAACAAGAACAGCGAGAAAGAAUUGCAACAUUUAAAGCAAGGCCGCUUAAUCCCAAGAUUCUUUCAAGUAAAGGUGAUAUUGGUAUGUUUAAGAAUUGCAAGCGUGAAGCCACAAAACCCACGGAGUUCAGCUUUCCUACAGAUAAAAGGUUUCCUCACCAUAAACCUCCAAUUGAUUUGUUUUCCAAGCUUUCUCUGAGAUCUGAACACCAGCCCAAUGCUGCAUCUCAGACGACAGGCUCUCAACAUUAUCAGUUACCUUUCAAGGCAUGUGGCGGCUCAAAAGAAAAUGUGACAAAUGCAACUAGGCAAGAAGGCAAGCUACAGAGUCUUCAGGAGAAGAUGAAGUUCGGCAGAAAUGGUGGGAAGAAGGAUAUUCAAUCCCAGUCCAAACUAUACAUCAAUCAAGAUCAUGCUGCCAGUGAUCAGAGAUUUCCUUUUAAGGAGGUGCAUGAGCAGAUGGUGUUUGGCUAUCAAACCGAUCGAGAAACCUUACCUCUGGAACAGAGGAGAGCCAUUUUCGGUCAAGGGCGGUAAGGAAAACUAGGAGUCUCCCUGAACGAAUUCCUCAGCUCCUGGGCUUUGAUGUUAUUUUGGGCUUGACAUUCAAGUCAUUUGAAGUGCGCAUAAUGAGAAAACGCAAGCACUUUUCCUCGGUUCUUUUGAUCUCAUGAGCUGGACCAUUGCUUGGGGCUUCCCACUUGAAGAAUGCAUUGAGAAGUUGAAUGUGCAUGACCAAUUUUGCUUGAGAUCCAUUCAAGAGGUAAGGUUGAUGCACUGAUAAAUUGUCCAUGCAUGUAUUCAUUCAUAAGGAUGUACCAUCCGGGAAUUGUACAGCUUCCAUGUUCACUUGGGAACAAUAUCUAAAUAUAUGAUGAUGUAUUCUUUUGUACAAAGCCGCAUUAUUCAUCUAACUAUAGUCUAUUUUUUAAU